AUGCCACACAUGCGGUUAGAUCGACAGCUAACUUGUGAACCCGUUCUAUUGUCAAAGAUUACUGGGUUGAUGCCUUCGAAAGUGUUAGAUUUAUCCAUACGAACUCAGUACAUGGAUCUGGAGCUCGCAGAUCCGAACUUCGAUCGUCCAGGGAAAAUUGAAUUCUUACUAGGCGCUGACGUGUACAACCACAUUUUCACAGAUGGUCAUCACGUACGCCAUACACCAGGGUUGCCUUCCGCGUUCGAGACAACAUUGGGCUGGAUUAUUGUUGGAGCCGCGGCAGCCUCAAGCACUUUGUCAUCGCAAGUAUCACUGUCAUUGACAACCGAACCGUCACUAAAACAAUUGCUGAAUCGGUUUUGGGAAGUUGAGGAGCCUGUGGUUUUACCUAAUCCGUUUACAGAAGAACAGAAGUGCGAAGAGAUUUUCCGCCGUACCACCACCAGAGACCCGUCUGGGAGGUACUCGGUGUCGUUUCCGUUUAAAACUAAUCCUUCCGUUCUUGGUGAUUCCCGGUCAAUGGCACUAUCAAGAUUUUAUAACUUGGAGCGUAAAUUAACAGCCGAUCCUAUCAUAUACGAGGAAUAUAAAUGUUUUAUGAACGAGUAUUUACAACUUGGCCACAUGAAACUCGCGCAAACUCCAGGAAACUACAUCAUUCCACAUCACGCAGUUGUCAAACGAACGAACGGAAAAAUUAAACUAAGAGUCGUAUUUGACGCGUCUGCCACUACAUCCUCUGGAACAUCAUUAAACAAUUUGCUAUUCAUCGGACCCAAAUUGCAAUGUGACAUAGCAGAUCUACUACUACGAUGUCGCUUUCAUGUAUACAUGCUCACAGCAGAUAUAUGCAAAAUGUAUAGACAAAUACAGGUGCCACCAGCGGAAUGCUCUUACCAGCAUAUUCUGUGGCGCAACGAUCCAUCUGAAUCAAUACAGGAGUAUGCGUUGUCGACAGUUACUUACGGAGUGUCUUCGUCCCCCUUUCAAGCCAUCCGUGUAUUGCAUCAACUGGAAUUGGACGAAGGUUUCAAAUACCCAGCUGCACAAGUAGUGUUAUCUAGUCAAACCUACGUCGAUGACAUUAUAGCCGGAGCUGCCUCAGUCGAACAGAUGGUGACGUUGCAAAAACAGCUCAUCGGUUUGUUAGGUCAAGGUCAAUUUGAGCUAAAAAAAUGGGCAAGUAACUGUCGACAAGUUCUGCAAAAUAUCCCACAGGACGAUCAAGUUGUAGAACUGUCAUUCGACCCAAAGGAUGAGUGUUCAAUAAAGAUCCUGGGGUUACAUUGGAACCCGGCAAAUGAUAUAUUCAGUUAUCACAGUGAUCCCUGCGUCUCUCGACCUACGAAACGCUCAGUGCUAUCCGCGAUAGCUAAGAUCUAUGACCCACUCGGAGCCUUAUCACCCAUCACCUUUUGGGCUAAGUGCUUCAUGCAGAUUUUAUGGAAAAAUGCGUAUGAAUGGGACCAACCGAUCCCAGACGAACUAGCUUCUUCCUGGAAUUCAUGCUCUACGCAGUUACCUUCGGUCUCACAAGUUAAAAUCAGGAGACAUAUUCCUAUUGAACAAUGUACGGACGUUCAACUACUAGGGUUUUCCGAUGCAUCACAAAAGGGAUACUCAGCUGUUGUUUACAUGCGAUUGUCGUAUGCGUCAAAACCUGGCACAGUACAUCUACUUACAGCAAGGUCGAAGGUGGCACCGUUAAAGAACAGUCGUCUGGAUGAGUCACUUUCCAUUCCAAGGUUGGAAUUAUGUGGGGCACUGCUAUUAGCUCAAACACUGCAUCGUGUACAAAAUGCAUUAUCGUCAAUCACUCACAUAUCCUCAAUUCAUGCCUGGACCGACUCUACAGUGGUGUUGUCUUGGCUAACAACUCAGCAAGUUACAUUUAAAGUAUUUGUCACGAACAGGCUUAACAAGAUAGGUGAACUUCUGCCCUCGGUUCAGUGGAGAUACGUACCAUCAAUGCAAAAUCCAGCUGAUUGCGUGUCCCGCGGCCUACUUCCUACCGAGGCAUUAGAACACAGUUUAUACUGGGAUGGUCCAUCUUUCGUACAACAGUCACCUGAUACUUGGAAAUCACCACAGUAUGAAAAAAUUCCCGUCGCUGAACUACCUGAACAGAAAACCGUGGCAGAGAUCCUGCAUGUUAUUGUUACACCAACAACGAACGACGAAUGGCUUGAAAAAUUCUCAUCAUUGACUCGUCUAAAGAGAGUUGUUGCUUACAUGAGACGUUUCAUCGUCAAGGCUCAUCACAAGUCAGUCCAGCGAAAUCCCACACAUCAAUGUGACGAGCAUCCACCCAUGUUUACAGGUUUCCUUCGGUAUGAAGAGCUUAGUGAUGCUUUACAGACGUUAGUCCAAAUAACACAACGCAUCCACUUUCCACAGUUAAUCAAGCUUAUUUCAUCUUCGUCAUCGUCAAUCAAACCUCGUUCGAUAGCUUGUCUCACCCCGUUCAUUGACGCAUCUGGAAUCAUACGCGUGGGUGAACGACUGCGCCGUUCAACCGCACCGGAAGACUUCAAAUAUCCAGUGUUAAUACCAAAGUCAAGCGCUUUAACGUUCCUAUUGAUCCGAUAUUAUCAUAUAACUGGUAUGCACGCUGGGCCUCAGCUUGUGGCAUCCUUGUUGUCUUCUCAAUUUUGGAUUGUGUCAGGUCGAUCAACAUUCGUCACAUUAUUUUCAAAUGUGUUACAUGUACACGACAUCGAGCGUUAA